UUAGUUAAUAAAGACAAAGCCAACCAUGACGAUAUCGCUGUCUGUAAAUUCAUAUUUGCUGAAGAAGAAGACAAUAUUAUUUUUUUAUCAUGUUCUUCUUCUACCUAAUACCAUUAUUCUCAGAGAUUAUUGGGGUUAGUUUUGUUUUUAGGCUUCAUCAAGCCCAAGAAAUUCACUAAUUUUGGGUUUAGACAUUUUGGGAAGGAAAUUUAAUUUUCAAUUAUUGAAGACGUGCUGAAAUUCUAGGGUUUUAUUUUACCGUUGUAUCAAUCAAGUAAGGUAUGGCGAUGUCGGGAGGGAAAGUCUGUGCUUUCGGAUACCUUUUGGCAGCUUUGUUUAUUUAUGCAGCAGCAGGACCAGUUACUGAUCCUGUAGAAGUAAAAGCAUUGCGAGCUAUCAAGAGAGCUUUUAAAGAUCCCAUGAAACAUCUUCAGAGCUGGGACAAAGGGGAUCCAUGUUUAUCGAAUUGGCUUGGAGUGUGGUGCUUUGAAAGCAUAGGGUCUGAUGGAUAUGUGCAUGUACAGCAAUUGCAGAUGUUAAAUUUGAAUCUUACUGAAAGUUUAUCACUCGAGGUUGGCCGUCUAUCCCAGCUGGAAGUAAUAGAUUUAAUGUGGAACAAUAUAAGUGGCAGUAUACCGAAGGAGAUUGGAUAUAUUACAUCUCUGAAACUUCUACUCUUGAACGGGAACCAAUUCUCAGGCUCCUUACCAGAUGAGAUUGGUCGUCUCACUAAUUUAGUAAGGCUCCAAUUAGACGAGAACCAACUAUCAGGAGUAAUACCAAAAUCAUUUGCAAACUUAACAAAUCUCAGACAUCUUCACUUGAACAAUAACUCGCUCAGUGGACAAAUUCCGCCUGAACUUUCCAGAUUACCCGAAAUACUUCACUUGCUGGUGGAUAAUAACAACUUAUCUGGGUAUCUUCCACCAGAGUUCUCUGAAACUCCGAAAUUGCGGAUACUUCAACUUGAUAACAACCGCUUUGCUGACGCUGAAAUUCCUGCUUCUUAUGGCAAUACAACAAAACUGUUGAAACUGAGCCUGAGGAACUGCAGCUUAAGGGGGGUUAUUCCUGAUUUAAGUGGGAGCCCAGAACUUUUUGUUGUAGAUCUUAGCUGGAAUCGACUUACUGGAUCCUUACCGUCAAGCAAGCUUUCUGGCAGUAUGACAACUAUCGAUCUGUCAAACAAUAAUCUCAAUGGAUCUAUCCCUGCAAGUUUCUCAGAACUCCCUAACCUCCAGAGACUGUCCCUAUGGAAUAAUUCUUUGAGCGGUUCGGUACCUUCUACACUUUGGCGGAACAUCAAUUUCAGCUCUGCUGCAGAACUUAUGCUGGAUUUGCGAAACAAUUUAUUCUCGAACACAUCCGGUGAUGUCAAUCCACCAAAAAAUGUCACUUUGAGGCUUCAGGAAAAUCCGCUAUGCAAUAACGCCAACAGAAACUUAGUCCAAUUUUGCGGACCUGUAGCUGAUGAUGAUGAUAUGCGUAGAAACUUAAGCAUCUCAUCACCUAAUUGUGCUCUCGGAAAAUGUCCUGCAGAUUACUAUCUUGUAUAUUCUCCUCCAAGUUCUCCAGAACAAUGCUUUUGUGCAGCACCUUUCAGCAUUGCAUACCGGUUGAAAAGUCCUAGUUUCUCAUAUUUUGCUCCUUAUGAAAGCUCAUUCGUUGAGUACAUGGCUGAAAGUCUCAAUAUGGAAACCUCUCAGAUCUCUGUAUAUUCGUAUGGCUGGGAUGAAGGUCCCAGGUUGUGGAUGAACUUAACUCUUUUUCUUCUAUACGAUAAUAGAUCUAUUAAAUUAAAUAAAACUGAGGUAAGGCGGAUUAAAGGCAGAUUCACAACAUGGUCAUUUCCUCAGAGCGACACUUUUGGACCAUAUGAUUUGCUCGAUUAUCCUGAUAGACAUUUCCGUGAUUCUUCCAAGGUGUUUCUAAGUAAAGGUGCCUUAGCUGGCACUAUAUUAGGGACCAUUGCCAUAUCCAUCUUAGUUACUGCAAUCAUCGCAAUUAUUAUAGUAAGAAAACACUAUAGUUCUUUCGAUUUCAGAGCAAGAAAACAUCUAUCUGCGAGAAUCUCUAUCAAAGUUGAUGGCCUGAAAGGCUUUACUUUGAAAGAACUGGUGCAAGCAACAGAAAAUUUCAACAGCCUGGUAAUUGGCGAAGGUGGAUAUGGAAAGGUCUAUAGAGGUGUUCUAAAUGACCAGACUAUUGUGGCCGUGAAACAUGCACAAGUUGGGUCUUUACAGGGUGAAAAGGAAUUUUUGACAGAGAUAGAAUUUUUGUCAAGGUUACAUCACCGUAAUCUAGUUGGUUUGCUUGGAUACUGUGACGAAGAAGGAGAGCAGAUCCUGGUUUAUGAGUUCAUGGCUAAUGGCAGUCUGCGGGAUUGGCUUUGUGGUAAUCCUAUUAUACCGUUUGCAUCAAAGGGGAGUCUGAGCUUUCCCAUGAGGUUGCGUAUUUCACUUGGUUCAGCCAAGGGCAUUCUUUAUCUCCACACCGAAGCAAAUCCCCCUAUAUUCCACCGCGACAUCAAAGCUAGCAACAUACUUCUAGACUCCAGGCUUACUGCUAAAGUUGCUGAUUUUGGACUCUCAAGGCUUGCGCCAGUUGCAGAUGAUGAGGGGGACUUACCUGGUCAUAUAUCCACUGUUGUGAGGGGAACACCGGGAUACCUUGACCCAGAGUAUUUUUUGACUCAUAAGUUAACAGAUAAGAGCGAUGUCUAUAGCCUUGGAGUUGUAUUUCUGGAGCUUUUGACAGGGAUGCGACCUAUCUCGGGUGGUAAAAACAUCGUCCGUGAGGUAAACGUGGCACACAAAGCAGGUAACAUCUUCUCGAUCGUAGAUGCAAGGAUGGGAUGUUAUCCGUCUGAAGUCUUGGCAGAGUUCAUCACAUUGGCCUUAAGGUGUUGCGAAGAUGGGCCAGAAUCACGACCUUCGAUGUCAGAGGUUGUUCGAGAUCUAGAGAAAAUGCUCUCUAUGGUACAGGAAUCUAGCAACACCAUUUCGGAGUUGGAAUCUGAUUUUUCGGACAGAUCUAUGUUGCCUCGGUCGUCAUCAUCAACAGUAUGUGAACCAAGGAGUCAGAACUUGUCAUCCUCAGAUAUUUAUGGAAGCGAUCUUGUCAGUGGCGUAAUCCCUAACAUCACACCACGGUAAUACCUUCUUAAAGACAUUGCUCAGAAGUUAGUGAGCCUUAUAAAUGGUGGCUGAGGACUGAUAAUACGAUGGCGGGGGUAGACCGUUAAUCUGCAAUAAUCACUUUUUGUGAUUUUAGCCCAACGCCAGUGGGUGAACAUAACCAGAUGCCAUGGAUUACGUCUGUUUGAUGCUUCAUAUUUGGCUUGUACAUUGUGUAUUAGAAGAUUGUUUUGUAUAUAUUAAAAUCAACGUUGUGUGUGCAAUGUUCGUCGUUUUACUGACUUGCCGCCCUUACGCCCUGGAGUUGCAAUUUUUUACCAAGGAAACUUUGUAACAAACUUUUAACAAGUACACACAUUUUGAAA